UUUGCGAGGCAAAAUGGUCUGUUAUCCUAUUAUUCUGUUAAUAGCCGGGCUAAAGCAACAUGAUAUUUCCAGUACACUUACGAGUACAUUAAACCAUUUGUUCGUAAAUUGCAAAAAUACGGAGAAUUCGGUUUAUCCUAUUCCAUCAGCUCUGCCCGGACCUGAGUCAUUCAAAUUACAUAAUUAUCAUCAUGAAAAGGAAACAGAUGAAUAUGAGGACGAUCAUUAUCAUGAAAGUAAUGCAAAAUAUUUCAACAACAAUUUAGAUAAAUCACUAUUUUCUGAGAUCAAAGAUAAUUUGAAAGAAAUCAUAACCCAUUACAAUCCUAGAGAUAAAAAAUCUGAAAAUAUAUUUGGCAAUGAUCUAAAGUCUGAAGCAACACUUCCUGUAUACAAUAAAAAUAAUGAAAAACAAAUGAAUAGAAUUGGACAAUAUUUUGAGAACUUAAAUUCCAAAAUUAUUGAAGCCAAUUCUGCGGAUGAAAAACCACAAUUAAGAAGUAGAAAUAAACUCAACAGCAUUGCUAUUCCUACUAUAGACGACAUUAAAUCACUCAUACAAAUUCUAAAACAAAAAAUACCUUUACAAUCCUCUUUUUUUUAA